AUAUGGCACACUUAUCAGGAAACACUUUAGGAAUGUUGAAGUCGUCAUCUGAUUGGAUAAAUUCUACAGGAUUUCCAGGAGAUGUGUGUGUUGCAGUUUUCCAUCUGGAAACAAAGAUGCUGUUAUGCCAAACCCCCUCACAAAGAACAAAGCUGUUGUUACAACUGUAACGAGGAGCGCUUAUCAGGAUCAACUACCCUGCUGAAAAAAACAGCAUAUGCUGGUUAGGUAUGUUUUGAAGCUGGGAUGCUUGUUUAUGCUGGUCCUUUUCAGGUUUAUGCUAGUCUUUUGCUGGUCCUUUGCUGGACUUAAGGUGACUGGACCAGGUUAUUGAUUAGUUUAUCUUUAUAUGCUGCCUGUGUAGUGGCCAGAUUUCUGUGAUGCCUUCUUUCUGAGGAUUUAGUGUACAGCAGCAGAUGUCCGCAGUCAGCCCUUAUCUCUUUAUCCCUGUGGAUGGUUGAAGGCUGGAGUUCUCCCAGGUGACAACAGAUGAGGCUUUAGAAAAUGCUUAAAGACUCAGCGCAGCGUAAGUUUGACUGAUGAUUCCUUUUCUAGCGCAGGCCUGAAUUUUGUCUGGAAAGAUGGAAUACUGGUGGAACUUGUUAAAUGUUUUCACGUUUUGGGAAGUGACACAGAUGCCAUCAUGCUAUUGUCUGGUGCGACAUAAGCUGCCAGUUUUAUGGAUUAUGCCACUCAGCGGAGAUCCAGGGAGCAACUUUACGGCAGAGGUGCUUCCUGCUGUUGAGUUAGCUCUGCAUCAUUUGAGCGAGCAGCCGUCUCCUUUAGGUGACUACGAGCUUCAGUUUCAUCUUACAGACUCAGAGUGUGAUAACAGCAAAGCGCUCAAAGCAUUUUUUGACACCAUAUUCAAUGGCCCCAAACCUGUCAUGAUCUUUGGAGGGGUGUGUUCGUCUGUGACGUCUGUCCUAGCCCAGUCUUUGGAAGGAUGGAACCUUGUGCAGCUGUCAUUUGCAGUAACAGCACCUUCCAUGGCCAACAAAAGAAUAUUUCCAAACUUCUUCCGCACUGUGCCAUCAGACAGUGCAGUUAAUGUGGCUCUGGUGAGGUUUCUCAGGCAGUAUGGAUGGAGUAGAGUUGGUACACUGACUCAGCGUGAGCAGAGGUUCACAGAGGUACAGAUGGACUUGAGCAGACGUCUGGAGAUGGCUAACAUCCAGCUUGCAGAGGCCGAGAGCUUCUUUGAAGCCCCCUGUGAUUGUGUGAAAAAACUGAAGGACAAUGAUGUGAGAAUCGUCAUUGCUCAUUUUGAUGUGAAUUUUGCUGCUAAAGUCUUCUGCUGUGUGUAUAAUCUCAGCAUGUAUGGCCAAAAGUUCCAGUGGAUUCUACCAGGCUGGACCCAGGCCAGCUUGUGGAAUAACACGGGCUCCACAAACUGCACAGCUGAAAACAUACUGACUGCCAUAGAGGGAUCCAUCAGUGCAGAUAUUGAGACUCUUAGCACUAGAAACAUCCGAGGGAUCUCUGGCAGGACACCUCAGGAGUACAAGAAGGAGUAUGAUGAAAGACGACAGCUGAAGCGUCUGGGUGCAAACAAGUUUCAUGGCUUUGCUUAUGAUGGUACUUGGGUAAUUGCUAAAGUUUUAACGAGAGUCAUGGAGACUGUGAGAUACAGAGAAAGAUACAGCAUCCAUCGCAACUUUACUGUCACUGAGCAGGAAGUGGGACAAAUGAUUCUGGAGGCCAUGGACAAGAUCAACUUCUUUGGUGUGACAGGUCACAUUAUGUUCCAAAAAGGUGAAAGAACAGCCAAUGUGAAGAUUGCUCAGUAUCAAGAUGGAAGGGCUGUCGAUAUCGAAAAAUAUAGUGCCAUUACAGAUGAACUAGAGUUUAUUAGUCCAAUCAGAUUUCAAAGGGAUAAACCCACAAAGGACCGAACCCAUGUGUACCGUCACAGGAAACGCAUCAGUAUAUUUCUCUACGGUAUUGUGGCGUUUUACUUUCUCUUAGUUUUUACAGCGUGCAGUUUCCUGGUCUUCAGUCUGAAACACCACAAUCAUUGGGCCAUUAGCAUGUCAAAACCUUUUAUGAACUCUUUGAUUAUUCUUGGUGCUGUGUUGUCUUAUUCCUCCAUUUUCUUCAUGGGACUAGAUGGAUCAUAUGUUUCUGAUAGAGUAUUUGAAGUUUCUUGCUCUGUACAAAUCUCAUGUUUAUCUAUUGGAUGUACAGCAGCUUUUGGGGCCAUGUUUGCAAAAACAUGGACAAUUCGAUCAUUCUUCAAAAACCACAGUGCUGAAAAAAAGGCCACAAAGGACUAUGGGCCAGUUCUCCUGAUUAUUUUUCUUUUGUUAAUUGACCUGAGUUCAUUAAUUUGUCUGCAAUUUUUGGAUCCUUUAAGGAGAACAGUGAAGGAGUAUCACAUAGUGGCUGAUCCUCACGGUCAAGAUUUUUUUAUUCAGCCCUUUACAGAGCGAUGUGAAAACACAUACAUGGGUUUCUGGAUGGCUGCUUUCUAUAUUUAUAAGGGGAUACUCCUGCUAAGCACCUGUUUCCUGGCCUGGACCACAUGCCACAUGAACAUUCCUGCCAUAAAUGACAGCAGGAGUAUCCGAUACAGUGUGUUUGUGUCAGUCCCAGUGAUUCUGAUUGGUACUUGUGCAUCCAUGCUGUGGCAGGAGCAGCCAAAUGUGCAGUUCUUCAUUGUGACCCUUGUGAUAAUCACAUGCUGCUGUAGCACUCUUUGUAUGCUGUUUAUUCCAAAGAUUAUUAUAAUAAGGAUGGGUCCUGAUCCUGCAUUCUUGUCAAGGAGGUUCCACCUCACACAGUGGUGUGGUGAAUUAGAAAUGGAGAUUGGACAAGGCAAGAGGAUCUUCAUGAGACCGAACAACCCAGGAACAUGUAGCUAUGUGACUGACAUGACACAAAACAUCUUGUCUAGUCUGGACAUUCUACUGUCAGAAAACCUAAACCUCAAACAGCACAUUAAAAAAAAGUGAGAACUGGAUUCUGAGAUGGAGAAUUUAACCAGGCAACUGAAUGAACUGAGCCCUCACGUUAUGGAGAACGUCAUCAUCAGAAGUUUUGUGCACAAAGCAGUCAAAGAGAAAUGUCUGACUCUCCCUGAAAGCUCCAACUAUAAGAGGAAUCUGCCGGAGAACGUUAACUCCCCUGAACGCAUUCGCCGCAGACUGUCUCUGCAGUUACCCAUUCUGCAUCAUGCCUAUCUGCCCUCUAUUGGAGGAGUGGACUCCAGUCCUCUUAAUAGCCCUUUUGAAAGCCCUCGACAUUCGCCAAUGCCCAGGACAUAUGGAGUGCUGGUGACAGGAUUGUAAUUUACUGUACAGUAGGAGACAAAAUAAACUUACAUAAUAUUUCAAACCAGACUUACUUAUAUAUUGUAUACAUGCAUUAUAUCUGGUAUAAUGUAAUGGAACUUGAAUUAUAAUUUCAAUCUAAAAAUGGGAAUAUUUUAAGGUUUAAAAAUAAAGCUGCUUCUAAAUGACCUGAUUAUAUUUUAAGAAAAGAACAGACAUGAUUAUUUUCAAAUGGUAGAAAAAAUAUUAUUUCACCUGUUAAAAAAGUUGCCAUAGUUUCCAGAUUAAUUGAGCAGUGGUGUGUGGUUUUGAAAAACAUCUCAGCUCUUUUCAUGCGUAUUUCUAAGAGACUGAGGAAACCUGUAAAGGUGUUUUGUUUUCACAAACUUCAAAGCCAGUAUACAAUCCAAAAUAAUAAAAAAUAACUUAUCUUUA